UUGCAGGAAGAUAAACGAUCACGAUGGUCUGAAACACCGCUAAUACACAAUACUUCCGUCACAAAAACAUGUUCGCAAACCUUAAUCAAUGCUCGCAAAUACCCUAACAUUAGGCACGAUACAUGCUUUUGUGUUGGUUUCAUUGGGUAUGGUACACCUUAUUAUCUCGGUGUGGGAAAGAAAACUUGUUAUCUCGAUCUUUUUGCUGAAAUUGUUCUUUAAAGUCUAUCUAAUCAUGUGUGCGUGAAUGUGUACCUUGCCAAAGUACCACCACGACAAAUACAAGUUACGAAAACGCUCGACGAGAUUUGGCCCCGCAGUGCGUUCAGACGCGUUUGGCAUGUGUUUAGUUGCAGCAUUAUCAAUGUGGCUGUCGCAACGCUUAUCAGCAUCCAACGUGGACAUAGGGGUAGUAUAGAAACUUUGAACCGAGUGGUGUUUGAUUCAUUGGAAGAAUACAAGUGAAAAGGAAAAAAACGCCUGAUAUCUUAAAAACGUUUGGCGGUCAACGUCUAGGUGUAGUUAUAAAAGCUUAAAAAUCCCUUCAAACGCACCUGCCAACCAAUCCGACCAAUCAGUUGCGGCUAAGUUACACGACGCAAAGCAUCUGUUGUGCGAAGUUUGUUUCAAUUGAGUGGUUUGAAAAGAUUAAAUAAAAAAAAUAUGUCCGCUAAUCAAAAUACCGCUUUUCCGCGCUGCUUCUCUGGUGCACUGAAGGAGGUCGCCCGGGAACAAGGGUUUACGGAAGGCUUGUACCGCCUCGAAAGCGAAUCCGGUAGCAAAUUUGGGGAUGGUUUUGCUGGUGAUUUAGUGAAGGUGUUCAUUCGCGAGGGUGACCGAGAGCUGGUAAUUCUGUGCAAGCUGUUGCCGGAGAAUGAAACGCGCAAACAGCAGGGAAUUUCUCUGUUUGCUAGAGAAACGGUAGCGUACAUGCAAAUUCUGCCCUUGCUGCUUAAGUUCCAAGAUGAAAAGGCUCUCGCGAAGCAUUUGCCCCGGUUUGACAAUGUGCCUCGAUGUUACUACGCCAAGACUACGCUCGAUAGCAUGGAGUCUGUGGUCAUCAUGGAGGAUUUGCGCUUGCAGGCGUACCGUAUGUGGGACAAGGCGAACCCUGUCGAUUUCGAGCAUGCACGGCUGCUCAUGGCCACCUUGGGUCGGCUUCAUGCUCUUUCGUUUGCGAUGAAAGAUCAACAGCCGGAAGAGUUUGCGCAGUGCCGGGAGUUUACUGACCCAAUGACCAAAAUGCUUGCGCUCGACCCAAAGAAGACAUUCCCGAAGAUGGCGGCUAGUAUGUGCCGUAGAGCAAUCGAUACGCUCGAAAAAGAUGAUACAUACCGACGGGGAAAACUGGAGCUGCUACAAGACCGAUGCGUGCAGGAGAUCGAAGCUUGCGUCGAUGCAAAUGCAGCCGAGCCGUACGCGGUAAUAGGCCACGGUGACUGUUGGUCCAACAAUGUGAUGUUCCAGUAUGCAGAAGAUAAUCAGACACCUUCCAAAAUUAAACUUAUCGACUGGCAGCUGUCCCGGUACGGUUCACCCGUGCUGGAUCUGGUCUACUUCAUCUUCAACUGUACUGAUGAGGAGAUGCGUUCCCAUAGCUACCAACGGCUACUGAGCAUCUAUUACCAGAGCCUUAGCGAGCAUCUGCACAACCUGGGAGGAGACGUCGAGCGACAGUUCCCACGUAGCGCUUUCCGAGAGCAGUUGAAAAAGUUUGGCCGGUACGGACUUCUUAUUGCGAUGUUGAUAUUGCCGAUGAUUUGUACGCCCAACGAUGAGCUACCCGAUACGAAUAAGGCAAUGGAAGGACUAGUGAAAGAAAAUCCCGAUGGAGAUGAUGAGGUUCAUUUCGAGUACGGAACGACGGAAAAAGCCGCGAUUCGCUAUCAAAAGCGAAUGUCUGGAUGCAUUCGGGAUAUGGUUCGGUUGGGGUAUAUUUAAACUGUUGUGGAAUAAAGCGCAUCCAUUGCUGCUGGGAUGGUAUUAGAAUAAGGAUUGGGAUGGUACAGUGAUGCAAAUAAAAUUAUUUAAGCAAUAUUGAA